AUGACAACUGCUCGUGUUAUGAUCGUGUUGAUAAUCGCCUCGAGCCUUUUUUGUGUGGCCUCAGCCAAAUCAGGAAAAGCCACAUUCUACACUGACUACACUCCAUCGGCAUGCUAUGGAAACAAGGGUGAAGGUACGAUGAUAGCGGCAGCUAACCCUAGUUUAUACGAUAAUGGGAAAGCGUGUGGGAAAAGGUACAAAAUACGGUGCACGCGGGGCACCAACCACGGUGACAAACCAUGUCAGAAAGUUCAUGUCACAGUGAAGAUCGUCGAUCUCUGCCCUAGCUGCGCAGAUGAUCAACUUGAUCUCUCCCAACAAGCGUUUCAAAAGAUCGCCAAUCCUGAUGCCGGUGUUUUUCGUAUUAACUAUGUCAAGUAA